GGACUGUUAAACCGCGGCGGCGGCCGGGGCGGGAGCGGGGCGCGCUCUGGAGACGAGUCAGCGGCGCCCCGGGUGGGGGGAGGCGGGCGGGCAGCUAGAGAUCACCUCAGCAGCCCCCACCACGGCCGGACCGAAGGUGCGGCGGCGGAGGGGAGCCAGGGCGCCCCAGCAGGUUUCCAGUAAUUAUCUGCAGGAUUCGCCAUGACCCCAGCUCUGAGGGAGGCAGCAACAAAGGGUAUCUGCUUUUCAUCUAUAUCAAGUACCAUGGAGUCCGACAAGAUGCUAUGCAUGGAAAGUGCAAGAACUGUAGAUGAAAAGCUCAAGGGAGACACUUUGUCUCAGAUGCUGGGAUUUCCAACUCCUGAACCUACUCUUAACACUAACUUUGUGAAUUUAAAACAUUUUGGCUCCUCUCAGUCUUCAAAACAUUAUCAGACCGUUCUUUUAAUGAGCUCUAAUUCUGCAUUAAAUAAAUACAGUGAGAGUUACAAACAAAGGAAAUUAGGGGAACCUAACUGCAAUAAGCUGAAAAACAUACUGUGUAAUGGCAGCAACAUUCAGCUUAGUAAAAUCUGUCAUUCUCAUUCUGAAGAGUUCAUCAAAAAGGAACUGCUGUCAGAUACCACAAGCCAGUGCAUGACAGAUGUACAAAUUAUUUUGGAUUCAAAUAUAACCAAAGACACUAAUGUAGAGAAAGUACAACUGCAAAACUGCAAAUGGUACCAAAAGAGUGCACUUUUGGAUAAAGUUACUGAUGCUGAAAUUAAAAAGGGUUUAUUGCACUGUACUCAAAAGAAAAUUGGGCCUGGCCACUCCAAUGUGCCUAUUAGUCUCUCAGUUGCUGAAAAAGAGGAGGAAGUGAACGCUCGUUUACUUCAUUGUGUAAGUAAACAGAAAAUUUUACUUAGCCAGGCUAGAAGAACUCAGAAACAUUUGCAGAUGCUUCUGGCAAAGCAUGUUGUUAAGCACUAUGGUCAACAAAUGAAAUUUUCUCUGAAACAUCAACUCCCCCAAAUGAAGAUCUUUCAUGAACCUACCACAGUUUUGGAUAGCAGUUUACCUAAUUGCACUGAAAUUAAUCCAGAAGUCAACAUGUUGACUGCGGAGAAUAAGUUGUGGAGGGAUACGAAAAAUGGCUUUGCACGGUGUACAGCUGCAGAAAUCCAAAGAUUUGCACUGUCUGCUACAGGGCUGUUGUCUCAUGUUGAAGAAGGUCUGGAUUCUGAUGCAACUGAUAGCAGCUCUGAUGACGAUUUGGAUGAGUAUACCAUUAGAAAAAAUGUGGCCGUUAACUGUAGCACUGAAUGGAAGUGGCUUGUAGACAGAGCGAGAGUUGGCAGUCGAUGGACAUGGCUUCAAGCCCAGAUUUCAGAACUGGAGUACAAAAUCCAGCAACUAACGGAUGUUCACAAGCAGAUUCGUGCAUCCAAGGGGAUAGUGAUCCUAGAAGAAUGUCAACUUCCAAAAGACAUUUUGAAGAAACAAAUACAAUUUUCUGACCAGGCGGCUUCAUUACAUACUACAGGGAAUCCCCAGAUUCCCCAGGAGAUUCCAGAUCCUUUACCAGAACAAGAUUUUGAAAUGUCACCAAGUAGCCCAACACUUCUUCUUCGCAAUAUAGAAAAGCAGAGUGCACAGUUGACUGAGAUCAUCAACAGUUUGAUUGCCCCUCUCAACUUGUCCCCAACUUCAUCACCCCUAUCCUCCAAAUCCUGUAGCCAUAAAUGUCUGGCUAAUGGAAUUUCCAGGAGUGCUUCAGAGAAUUUAGAUGAGCUCUCUUCCUCCAGUAGCUGGUUACUUAACCAGAAGCACAAUAAGAAAAGGAGAAAAGACAGGACAAGAUUGAAAUCUCCAUCCUUGACUAUCAUGAGUACAGCUGCUCGAACAAGGCCACUUCAGAGUUUCCACAAACGAAAACUCUACCGAUUGAGCCCUACUUUUUAUUGGACUCCGCAGACUUUGCCUUCAAAAGAAACAACGUUUUUAAAUACCACACAAAUGCCUUGCUUGCAAUCAGCUUCAACUUGGAGUAGCUGUGAACACAAUUCAAAAUCUCAGAUAUUAAGAGAACAUGUAUCAGAAUUGGACUCCUCUUUCCAUUCUGUCCUAUCACUGCCAUCAGAUGUGCCUCUUCAUUUUCACUUUGAAACAUUGUUUAAAAAGACUGAAAUAAAAGGAGAUCUUGCUGAAAAUAAAUUUGUAGGAGACUGUGUCAUAUCUCCAUCACCUGUCCAGAAUGCUUCUCUGAAUCAAUGGAGAAAUGGAUAUUCCCCUAUUUGCAAGCCUCAACCAAGGUCAGAAUCUUCCGCACAGCUGUUCCAGGGAAGAAAGAAAAGGCACUUGAGUGAAACAGCAUUAGGAGAAAGAACCAGAUUUGAAGAAUUUGCUUUUCAACGCACAGAACCAGGAUCCCAUAGCAAUUUUACUGCUGUUACUAAUGUCAAUGUUAUAUCAAGAACCCAGAAUUCAUCAUCACAAAAUACUGCACGACGGAGAUUGAGAAGUGAGAGCUCUUACGACAUAGAUAAUAUUGUGAUUCCCAUGUCAUUAGUUGCCCCAGCUAAGCUAGAGAAACUCCAAUACAAGGAAAUACUUACUCCAAGCUGGAGGAUGGCUGUUCUUCAGCCUUUGGAUGAAUACCAUGUAGGUGAAGAGGUAGAAGAUCUUUCUGAUGAAGUCUUCUCCCUAAGACACAAAAAAUAUGAAGAGAGAGAGCAAGCCAGAUGGUCACUAUGGGAACAAAGCAAGUGGCACAGAAGAAACAGCAGAGCCUACAGUAAAAAUGUGGAAGGACAGGACUUGCUUUUGAAAGAGUACCCUAGUGACUUCAGUGGUGGCCAGCACUGUGCUGCUGGAAGUCCUGCUGAGCUCUCUUCAGAGAGCCAGGAUCUUGGUGCACAGGGCUCACCUUCAUUAAAUGAAAGUCAAGAAAUCAAGUCUUUGUGGUGGGAACGACGGACUUUUCCGCUGAAGGACGAAGACACAGAAACUUUACUAUGCCAGGAUGAAAAGAAGGAUCACAGUGAAAGUUUGAGCCCAGCCUCCCGUGGUGAAGUCUGUCCCAGUGCACCAGAGAACAGUCACCAUCCAAAAAGGCAGGCAGACGAAAUGGAGGAGUAUAAACCUUUUGGUCUAGGACUUACUCAUAUUAAAAAAAAUAGGUGACAGGGAACAGGUUUAAAAAAGUAUGUGAAUGGAAAACGGGGGGGAAAAAAAAAAGCCCUGCUUUCCAUCCCCCACCCCUUCAGUCACAAUUCCAGAGUAAGAGCAUGUACUGCAUGUAUUAAUCUUUUAUGCUGUUAUAAAACAGGCAAGGUAGGUCUUUUUCCUUCUUGAACCACAGGAAUAACUAGCUUUUCACCUACAAGACAAGUGCUAGUCUUUUGUGUUUAUGAUGCAAAUCACAAGCACCAAAAAAUUAACUGCUGCAAUCUGUUGUUAAAUCACAUUACUGGGUAAAUGACUUUUCAAAGACUUUGUGUGUGUGUGUGUGUGUGU